AUGUCUUGUAUCUGGUCCACCGGCCUGCGUUGCAUUCUGGUCGACAGCUUGUCGCCGCCUUUCGUCACUCCACGGGCGCUGCUGCUUGCCAGCCCCAACUCCUCCAAAAUUCCUUCCCCGAAACCGAACCGCCUCCCCUCCAACAUCCCCCUCCGAACCUUCGCGAAUCGACCCGAUCACGGCGCCCAAUCGACUGCGUUGCUGGCCGGCCACAGGGAUCACCCGACACGCGAGCACGAGCGACGCUCCUCUGACUCUGCCGACUCCGAUUCCUGGACCGACACCGGUGAUCUCGCCGAGCAGUGGGCAGAUGAGGAGGAUCCCCUGCGGAAGACUAUCGCCGAUACCUCGCUGAAGGGCGACUUCCUCUCUGGUGUCCUCAAGCGCCACCCCAAGCACAAGCGCGUCCAGUUUAGGCGAUCCGUCUCCGCCCAUAGCCCUCGCCCUUCUGCGUCCCUGCCCGGGACCGUUGACAAGGAGGCGAUACAGAUUCCUGAUGUCCCUCCGCGCCGUCCAUCGAGAGCCCAGCGUAUCAUAGGCGCCAUCAUGCCGGGCACUGGGAUCCACGGCCUUACGGGCAAGCCCCUUCUCUACUUCACGAGCAUAUUCGUGUCGCUGGGCGUCUUCCUGUUUGGCUACGAUCAAGGGGUGAUGUCGGGCAUCAUCACUGGCCCGUACUUCCGAAAUUAUUUCAAGAACCCUUCCAAGGCUGAAGUCGGCACGAUGGUGGCCAUUCUCGAGAUCGGCGCCUUCGUCUCGUCCUUGGCCGUAGGAAAAAUCGGAGAUAUCAUCGGGCGUCGAAAGACUAUCCUGUAUGGCUCGAUGAUAUUCUUCGUCGGUGGGGCCUUGCAGACGUUUGCUGCCAAUAUGGCUAUGAUGAUGUUGGGUAGGAUUAUUGCCGGUCUCGGCGUUGGCUUGUUGUCUACCAUCGUCCCCGUCUACCAGUCCGAGAUCUCUCCUCCCCACAACCGAGGUAAACUAGCCUGCAUUGAGUUUUCGGGUAACAUCAUUGGCUAUACGACAUCCGUAUGGGUUGACUACUUCUGCGGAUAUAUUCAGAGCGAUAUGUCGUGGCGUGUCCCUCUACUGAUGCAAUGUGUGAUGGGAGCGUUGCUGGGCUUGGGCAGUCUGGUCAUCGUCGAAACCCCAAGAUGGCUGCUAGAUAACGAUUACGACGAAGAAGGUAUUGUGGUUAUCGCGAACUUGUAUGGUGGCGGUGACAUACAUAAUCCCAAGGCGCGAGAGGAGUUCCGUGAAAUCAAGAUGAAUGUUUUGCUCCAUCGUAUGGAGGGCGAGCGGACCUACUCGGAGAUGUUCCGACGAUACAAGACCCGGGUCUUCAUUGCCAUGUCGGCGCAGGCGCUAGCGCAGCUCAACGGCAUCAACGUCAUCUCGUACUACGCACCCUACGUUUUCGAGUCGGCCGGUUGGAUCGGUCACGACGCGAUUAAGAUGACGGGUAUCAACGGGAUCACGUACUUCCUCUCGACCAUCCCGCCGUGGUACGUGGUGGAUCGGUGGGGCCGCCGCGUCAUCCUCCUGACGGGCGCCGUCGCCAUGGCGAUAUCUCUGUCCCUGGUGUCAUACUUCAUCUACCUCAACAUCGAAUCUACGCGGAUAUGGGUCGUCGUCUUCGUCAUGGUCUACAACGCCGCGUUCGGGUAUUCGUGGGGUCCCAUCCCCUGGCUCUACCCGCCCGAGAUCCUACCGCUCAGCAUUCGGUCCAAGGGAGCGAGUCUGUCCACGGCUGCGAACUGGGCCUUCAACUGGCUCGUGGGCGAGAUGACUCCUAUUCUCCAGGAGUGGAUCAAGUGGAGGCUGUACCUACUGCACGCAUUUUUCUGCGUAGUCAGUUUCGUUGUUGUUUAUUUCAUUUAUCCAGAGACGUGUGGUGUACGAUUAGAAGACAUGGACUCGCUCUUCGGAGAUGCGAGCACCGCAGCCGGGACCCCCGGUAUCCGAUCUGAGACGGCUUCUCUGAGGGGCGGGUCUCCCAUCCCCUCACUCGAUCUCCGAGGACGACCUCUGGGCCCCGAAGCCGGCGCCUCUUCGAUGGACGUCGAGCCUCCCGUGCUAAACAUCGUGAACGGGAAGCCGCAGCUCCGGUCCGAGAGCCAGAGUUCACGAGGACGGGUGGGCGAGUGGCUGAACCGAAUGGUCGGACAGGCCCGCGGCGCCAGUAGCAGCCCGGCCGGCCAACCGAGGUACGCACCAUUGGACCAGCGGGACGACUAAAUAUGCGGAGCACGAGACAACAGAUUGGCGGGUGGGCAGGUUGAAACGUGUGU